ACGGGCAGGACCAUACAGCCCUAUUUCAGUCAGUCCUUAAAUACUGCAGCAACUCCAUAGAGCGCCUCUAAUUUCUUUCAGAAGUUGUAGAUAGAAGUAUUUCGAAUAAGAUGUCUGGAAGAGGUAAAACUGGAGGAAAAGCCCGCGCUAAAGCUAAGACUCGCAGCUCCCGUGCAGGUCUUCAGUUCCCCGUCGGCCGUGUGCAUCGUCUCCUGCGUAAAGGCAACUAUGCAGAGAGAGUAGGUGCUGGUGCUCCUGUGUACCUGGCUGCCGUUCUCGAGUACCUCACCGCUGAGAUCCUCGAGUUGGCGGGAAACGCUGCGAGAGACAACAAGAAGUCCCGCAUCAUCCCUCGCCAUCUUCAGCUGGCCGUCCGUAACGACGAGGAGCUGAACAAACUGCUCGGCGGAGUGACCAUCGCCCAGGGUGGUGUUCUGCCCAACAUCCAGGCCGUGCUCCUGCCCAAGAAAACUGGCCAAGCUGUUCAGAGCUCCGGUAAAUCGGGAAAGAAGGGAUCUUCCCAGUCACAGGAGUAUUGAGAGCGAUGCUGAACUGAGUUAAUGCACCUAAAGGCCCUUUUAAGGGCCACUCAUUUAUUCUGAAGAGAGCAAAUUCCAUGUGUCUGAAUUGUCUAAAGUUAGUCUGUAUUGAGCCUUUAUACUUAUUAAACUUACAUUUU